CUAAGUUUUCUUUAACAGAUUUAUUAAAAUACCAGUUGUUUGGAUUACUUAAGUAAACAUCACCCCACUAACAUCCACUCUUGUGCUGCACCGUCUGAAGGCUGGUUCUUAUCACGUUUUAUUACAAGCAAGUCCUCCCUGACAGCGUCAGGUACUGGGAGUAAACGCCCAGAGGAGCCCAGCGUCUUCCGGCCUGCGGUGCUGCCCCCUCGCGCUUCCGGCCCCACCCGUGCGGAGCGAGCUGGGGGCGUGGCCCGGGGGCGUGGCCCGGGGCGGACUUCCGCUCCUCCUUUUCCGGAGACCUGAAGCCGCCGCCGCGGGGCGCGGGGAUCUUUGAAACGCGGCUUUUGCGGCCUGAGCGGGGGUGGCCGUCUCGUGUCCGCUGCCCUAACUUGGCAGGCGUUUCAGACAAAGCGCUCUCCCAGUGGCCGUGUUCCUCUGCGGUGGCGAUUGUUUUCCUUCGUCAAGAAGCGGUACUUGCUGGUAAUUUGUCCAGGUUACGCGACAUCCCUGGAGACGCGAUCUUGGGCUGGCGCAGACCCAGCAGCUUCCAGCGUUUGGGCACAUUUAAAGCCCGGAGGCCGUUGAUCGGCCUCCUCUCCCCAACUUCUCAGCUCAGAACUGCUGUGUGAGUGCAUGACGUGUGGUGGUGGUCCUGAGAAAGCCGUUUUUCUAACUAGAGGUCGUAUUUUGAAAACAGGUUCUUGUUGAUGUCAAGAACAGAUCUGUGGCCUUACGAUCUUUGAACAUACUCUAUAUAAGCAUUACGUGCUGGGUGUGCGAACGUGAACGGGGCUAAGACAGUCGAGAUGCGGCUGGAAAUGUGGGAUGGAGCCGGACUGUGAUUUUCGAUGAUACGCUGGGAGCUUUUGGACAUUGCCAUGUUUCUUGUGUGUGCCUGGUUAUCUAAGCCAUCUUGAAAACUGGUACCUCGAUAUAGCUGUUCAAACAACUUAGCCAAAGUAGAGACAUCCAGCUGCGUAUCAGGUCUUGAUUUUUGAGUGAGAUACCAAGUCGACCUUCCUGAAUUUAUUGCAGUAAAUAUCUGUUUCCAGUUAGUGAGUGUAAACAAGAGAUAUAAAGCAGUUGGUAUGGUCUGACCUAUGGAAGGUUACCCAUGACAGCAACACUAAGUUAAAGGUGGAUUAGAAGGAAAAGGUACUAGACGGUCGCAGGAACCGAGCACGGAAAAGGAGGCCGACAGAACCACGUUUAAGAGAAGGACUUCAGAAUCAGCAGGGCUUGUUGCAGUGGUAUGAAGGAAAGCAGAUUGAGAGGUUAAAUACUGCUAAUAUUGGCUGUUAACCUUCAGAUGCCAUUAACUCCAGUUGCAAACCCAAGAGGAGCAAGAAUUUUAAAAUCCACUUACUCUGAGCAUUCAGUGUGUUGUGUCCUUAUUUGCCUAUGUUAGAAGCCGAGGAUACAGUUGAAUAAAACAGAGUGUAGGUGAAGAUACAGUUUGAGGAGAGGAAAUUGAAUUCAGUGAGAGGAGGAUAAAUCACAUCACUAGAAGAUUAACUUGCUCAGUAGUGAUAUGGAGCUGGUUCCUAGGUCUUCACUUUGGAAAAAUAUCCUGUACAGUAAUGACAACCGAAGUGCAAAUGGUACUUUAUGAAGAUGAUUCAGUGCAAGUACAGUAUGUUGAUGGCUCCAAAUUACAGCUUUCUCCCUGUGGCUCUGAAUUUUUAUUUGAAAAGUCACCUCCUGCUUCAGCACAUCCUUUAGAGCAACCACAAAGAAUUCGCCAAAGGACACAUUUUGUUAUUAGCACUUACCGAGAGCAACUACAGCGAGCCCUUGAUUUUCGAAAUUCUUCAGCUACUUGCCUUUUUUUAUCUGAAAACAUCAUACCUUCUGAAAGAAAAAAGCGUAUCCUCAUUGACAUCUCAGAAGUAAGAUGGCCCGGUCCUGAUUCAGAUGACAGCCUGAUAUGUAUGGAGAGUGGCUCUGUGAAGAUAACAUCUCUAGAUGGUCACGCGUACCUUUGCUUGCCCAAAUCUCAGCAUGAAUUUACAGUACAUUUCUUGUGUAAAGUUAGUCAGAAGCCAGACUCAUCUAUAGUACUGUCAGAAAAAAAAAAUCAAGCCUCCAAAGACAAACUAAGUGGAAAAGCUGGCAGAAUCGCUACACACAGAAGUUUAUCAGGGCAAAGACUGAAUAAUAAAGAAAAUGAACUUUAUCACCAGACUGUGAAAUGCAGAGAACCUUCAGAGAAGACAAGUUGUAGAAAUGGAACUGAAGCGGGGGAAGAGCUGCUUUCUCCUGGUCCCAGACACACCUGUGUAUACACGUGGGUAAAGCAGUGCUGGUCUGUAGCCUCCUGUCCAGAGGAAUGGAAGUACCCUCUGUCUUUAGCACUUCGCUUUUACAAUCAAGUUAGCAGUAUGUCUAAAAUUAAGGGAGAUUUCACUCAGAGUGAAAUUUUAACUUCUGAUGUUUCCGAGGAAAGAGCAAAAGAGGUUUCUGUUCUUCCCAAGGCCGUGUCACUUAGCUGUCCUGUCCCACACCUGCACAGGUGGAAUUUUUGUGACUCACUUUUACAGAGACAGUUUGAUGAAGAAUAUUCCUAUCCUGAACUAGUAAAAGUGGUUUGGUAUAAAGGUGUUACAUAUAGACUUACCCAUAAAAAUGUGAAUUCAAUAGAGAUUUAUCCUGGAGAUGGCUCUAUUUUCAAAUCAGAAGGAACUUAUUUUGGAAGCUAUUUUACAUAUUAUUCCAGUCACGAAGGAUCAGAAGAGAGAGAAGAGAAAACUUAUUCAGUAAAUAAUCUUCCUCCAGAUCGACCAGGAAGUCUGUUCUCUGUGUCUUCUCUAAUUAACCAGGCCACCAGAAUUCUCCAACAUUGCGCCAAGAUGAGGCUUUCUUUAAGCCAUAACUAUCACAUAUGCUGCUGGAAAAUGGUACCUGGGAUAAAUGAUAAUAAUACGCUGCCUUUGCUUUUGAAAGAAUCGCUCAUACCUAACACAGGAAGAUUUCUUGCCUACUCUGAUGACAAAGUACAUGCUAUUUUUUUAGAUGGCGUUACUCUAACCCUAAGCUGGAAUUUUAGCUCUUCUAUUGAAAAUAGACAGGUAAAUCAAGGUCUCAGUUUAGGUUGGUGUAAGUUAACUUUUCCUGAUGGGCAGUGUCAGUUAAUUCAAACUGAAUACCCCGGACCAUAUGAAAGAUAUGUGACAACAGUAACAUCAUGGUGUAGAAGACUGACUCAGACAAGUCCAAGAGAAUUGCCCACACGUACUUCAUCUUCUGAUCUUGAAGAAAACUGGUCUGUUGCUUCUGAACUUGAAAAGAUACGGAAGUUUAACUUGCUACUGGAGAACAGCAGUAUCCUGAACCAGAAAAGCGAACAGUCUGCUGAUCAUUACACACUAGCUUCUUCAGAAACCUUUCCAGAAGAGCCUCAUGAAAAUCGAGUAUCAGUCGCAUUGAAAAAAACCUCUGAAAUCCUUCAGGAUAUUGACUGCCUUCUAUCAAACUCUAAAAAAUGAAAAAUGGAAUUAUUACAAUAUAUUCUUUUUAAGGAAGUUGUUUCAAGAACCGGCUUUGAAAUUACUAGUAAGCCAAGAAAUUGUAAACAUUUAUUCUGCACAAUGAUUGUAUGAGAACUGAUAUUUAACUUUGGAGGUAUUUUACAUGAUUUAUAAAUUUUUAAAAUACACAUUUAUAUUAAUAAAAGCUUUGGAAAUUUU